ACGUGACCUGCACAACAGCGAUGACCUCCUGCUUGGUUAGCGGUGGCAGCUAACAGCGGUACAUAUGCAGUUGAUUCCAAAUUGUAGAUAUUAAAAAAGAAAAUGGACCAGACUAAACAAGAAGAGGAUUAUGGGUAUGAUUUAUUCCCCGAAAGAAACAAGUCGAAGUACAAGAAGGGAUCAAUCACAGAGAGUCUUUUCACGUUCAACCACAAAUGUCAGGUCAUGUUGCAGUACGCUAUAGAUACCAGUCCUUAUGCCAAACUCUUACUCGGUGCAAUGAAGCAUUCUGGAUGCCAAGUAUUUAAAGACAGACAUUUUGCUUGUGAAGACUGUGAUGGUACGGUUAGUGGUGGAUUUGAUGCUGCCUCUUCUCAAAUAGUUUUGUGUCAAAACAACAUUCACCAGCAGUCUCAUAUGAACAGAGUGGUCACACAUGAACUCAUCCAUGCCUUUGAUCACUGCCGAGCUCAUGUGGACUGGUUUAAGAACUACAGACACCUGGCAUGUUCUGAGAUCCGGGCGGCUAACCUUAGUGGAGACUGUUCAUUUAGUAAUGAACUUUCGAGAUUCCAUUUUGGCCUAAAGAAGCACCACCAGGAGUGUGUUCGAGGUCGUGCUCUCCGCUCCAUCCUGGCCGUGAGGAAAAUAAGCAGAGAAGAGGCUGAGAAAAUAGUGGAUGAAGUUUUUGACUCUUGUUUCAAUGACCAUGCACCAUUUGGACGAAUCCCUCACAGCAAGAAGGAUGCGAAGUUUGCCUAUAGACAUUAUGAAAGCAGAGAUCGAUAUAAUGCAAACAUUUAAUGGCACAUCUCAUUUACCUCUCAGGGUGCUUUAGCUGGCCCAAAAGCUGACAGACUGUGACAGUGGCAGCUUCUGAGACAGUCUCUUAUUUACAGCUUCAGCUGUCAAUCAAUUAAAUCUCUCCUGAAGGGAUUUCAGUGUGUCCUUGUAGUUGAAGUAUAAAACAUUUCUUCUUUUUGGACAUUAAUUCUGCAUAAAGGGAUUGUAAAGACUGAAAUCACCUUGGAAGUAUUAGAUGAGGCUGCAGUGAUACUUUUAGGUGAUCAUUGGUGCUUACGAGGAAAUGCACAAUUUCCUGUUUGUUCAUUAAUGUUUCUGCAACCUCAAUUGAUUCCAUGUAAAUAGAGUGGACUAUGUCUGUGUAAUCAAUCAGUCAUCCAUAUGUGAUUCAUAGCAAAAGAAAAAUUAAAUUCUGUCAACUGAGCAAAGUUUUAAAGUGAAGACGUUUUGCUUCUGAUUCAAGCAGCUUCUUCAGAUCUGGUCAGAUUGCUGGUGGACACUGCCUUAUAUCUAUCUGAAGGGAGGACCUAACUACGCAACACACGUUUAUGGUUUCUGUUUGUUAGUGUAGUUCAAAUGACCUAGUUAAGUGAGAACUGUGCCUGAGUCAUAUUUUGCAUAAUCGUUCAUCCUAAUGUAUGCUCUUACACCUGUUGGCAUACUGGCUAUCACUAUUGUUUUCCUUGUUUUCAUUUAAACCGCAAGUCACAAAUCAGUGUGGUGAAGACUGCAAUGAGCGUGAUAUUGGAGAAGCAAAACAGCCAUACCAUAAGAGAAUUUUCAAACACCGUCAUGAGAGCAGUUCGGGACUCCAAUCUGCCGUCCUGGCCAUCUCAAAGCCACAAACCGCUGCUUUGAAGAUAGUGAGGUACAGAUCUUAGCCAAAGAAAAUAAAUGGUUGAAGAGGUGAGUUAAAGAGGCAAUUUUUGUUAGGGAAGACAAUCCAUCUUUGAAAAGGACUGGGGGGGCUUGGACAUCAUUUAUCUCCUAUUUAUAACUCCAUCCUCAGAUCCAAAUCAAAACGAGGAAAACAAUAGUGAUAACCAAUAUGCUAAUAGGUGUGAGAGCACCCAUCAGGGGCCGGAACAAUUAUACAAAAUAUAACUCAAGCACAGUUCACACUUGGUGUAGUUCAAUAGAUCUAGACAACAAACAGACACUGAACAAAUAGAUGUGUUAGUUUCAGUGUAGUUGGCUCCUACCUUCAGAUAGAUAUGGGUAGUGUCCACCAGCAAUCUGAGCAAAACUGAAGAAGUCGCUUGAAUGAGCAGCAAAGCAUCUCCACUGUUAAAAUUGUGUCCACUUAACAGAAUUGAAAUUUUCUUUUGCUAUAGAUUGGACUGUGCUUAAAUUUUAAAGAGUAAACCAAACAAAGUUUUAC